CCUUUAGUCAUAUUACUUCAUGCAUAGCACCUUUUAAUCACUGCAGACCUGAUGACCAAUCGAGUAACAACCUCCCAAAUACAAAUAUUAAGUUAUACUGAGUAAUAGAAAAGAAUUAUGGAUAUGCGGCAUCUGACAGUUCUCCUAAUGGGGAUUUAUGUUUUCAGUUUGACACAAGGUUCAGGGUACAAAAGAGUAUGCUACUACACCAACUGGUCUCAAUACAGGACAGAUGACUCCAUAAAGUUCUUCCCCGCCAACAUUAAUGCCUCUCUAUGUACCCACAUAAUCUAUGCGUUUGCCAAUAUAAGCGCUGGAGGACUGAAACCGGACCAAUGGAACGAUGUGCUUGCCAAACCAAAUAUAGGUAUGUAUGCGAAAGUCAAUAAUUUAAAGGUGAACAACCCCGACCUGAAAGUACUCCUGGCUGUAGGUGGCUGGGAAAUGGGAACAGCUCCGUUUAUUGCUGUGUCAACUACCAGGGAAAAAAGGCAGAACUUUAUUUCGGGGACAGUGCAAUUUCUACGGCAACACGACUUUGACGGACUGGACUACGACUGGGAGUUUCCUGACGCAGAUAGCAAGUCUAAUUUCACAGCUCUUCUUAAGGAGACCAAUGAAAAGUUCGAAACUGAGGCCGCUGCCACCGGUAAAAAGAAAUUGAUACUCUCAGCAGCAGUUGCCACGGGGAAAUGGGCACUGGAGCAGGGGGGAUAUGAAGUCGAGGAAGUCUCCAGGAGUGUGGAUUUCAUCAACCUUAUGACAUACGAUUUCCAUGAACUUGGACCUGCUCAGGAAAAACGCCUGGUGCCGAACGCGGCGCUCUUUUCAGGCGAUGGAGAAAAUGAUGCAAUGGCACCGCAAAAUGUCGACUACGCAGUAAAAAUGUGGAUUGAGAAAGGAGCACAGCCAAAUAAACUGGUUCUGGGGUUGGGCGCGUAUGGAAGAAACUUUAAAACCCUAAAUGGUAAUACAACUCCGGGAGCGCAGGCUCUUGACAAUGGACCUGCCGGAAAGUACAUCAAUGAAAGCGGCAUGUACCCAUAUUUUGAGAUUUGCGAGAACCUAAAAGACCCAUCGUGGGAGGAACAGUGGGAUGACAAGCGAAAAGUACCAUAUGCUUUCAACAGACAGGAGAACCUAUGGGUGGGGUAUGACAAUCCUACCAGCAUCAAGGAAAAGGUAGACUACGCCGUCAGUAAAAACCUGGCGGGUAUAAUGAUCUGGUCUUUGGACAUGGAUGACUUCAAGAACAAAUGUGGAAAGGGAAGUUAUCCCCUGCUUAGAGUAGCCAACGAGAGACUGGCUGUGUAUGAGAAUUCCGCCACUACCGCCAUGAAUCCCACAACGACUCUUGUUCUUUGUUGUGGAUUGUUAUUCACAAUUCUGCUACGGGCAUAACUCUUCUGCUCGUACAGGUACUAGGCAAAAUGGAAAGACUUUGGCGUUGUCAUAAACAGGGAAAGAACUGUACAACAACCGUGGCACUAAACCCAGCUAAGAUAUUACAUGUAUUUGAGUGGGCAGCUUAUGUUUCCAUUAAACCUAUUGAUGUUCCACACGGUAUUCACAUAGAUUGCUAAAUCUAACCAAGGAUGAUAACAACUUCUUUUCAGAUUUAUGUAUUUACUGUAUUAAGAUGACAUAAGGUGACGUGAUUUUUUACCUUGUAAUAUUGACUGAUUUGAGCAAAUGCCAAUGAUCCAAA